UCUCACGGCUUUCUUCAUUCAUUUCCACUUUCCCUCGUUUUCCUCCAUUUUCUCACUGAACUUUCCCGGCAACCAAACAGUAUCCCGAGAGGAAAAAGAGAUAAGAGAAGAGAAGAGAAAGCAAUGAAGUUUGGCAAGAGCCUUAGCAACCAGAUCGAGCAGACUCUCCCUGAAUGGCGGGACAAGUUUCUCUCCUACAAGGAGCUGAAGAAGCGACUCAAGCUUAUCGAGCCCAAGACCGGAGGAGGCCGUCCCGUCAAACGUCUCCGAUUUGAUUCAUCCGUCGUCUCCUGCGGCGAAUUGUCCGGCGUCAUGUCGGCGGAGGAGAUCAAUUUCAUCCAAUUGCUGGAGGAUGAGUUGGAGAAAUUCAACAAUUUCUUCGUCGAGAAGGAGGAAGAGUACAUAAUCGGAUUGAAGGAAUUGCGAGACAGAAUUGCGAAGGCAAAGGAUUCAAACGAGGAGAUGAUCAAAAUAAGGAAAGAAAUUGUUGAUUUCCACGGAGAGAUGGUUUUGUUAGAGAAUUACAGUUCUCUAAAUUACACAGGAUUGGUGAAGAUACUGAAGAAGUACGACAAAAGGACAGGGGAUCUAAUGCGUUUACCCUUCAUCCAGAAAGUUCUUCAGCAACCCUUUUUCACGACCGACUUACUAUACAAACUCAUAAAAGAAUGCGAAGCAAUGCUCGAUCACCUCUUCCCCGAGGACCCUUCCCUCCGAGGAAAAGACUCUGAAAACGCCACGGCCUCCGAUGCGUCUAAACCUGAGAACCCCUUGACGACCCCGAAAGAGCUCUCGGAGUACAAAUUCAUGGAGAGCCUAUACAUGAAGAGCACGAUAUCGGCAUUGCGGGUGUUGAAGGAAAUCAGGAGCGGGAGCUCGACGGUGAGCGCGUUCUCGUUGCCGCCGCUCCAACUGAACGGAUUGGAGGAGACAUGGAAGAAGAUACCGUUGCUGGAGCAAGUCGCUAAGUAGAUUCCUUCUUCUUUGUAUUUGUCUUAAUUUGUCAAGUUCCUCAAAAUACGGUUAGACGCUAACGUAUAUGUAAAAAGGCUACAACCUUCAAGGAAAAGAAAGAAUAGAAAGACGUCACUUGUAGCAGUUUUGUCUGAACAGUGUGAUCACCCACAUUCCAUUA